AUGGGUUCAAAUAUCAUUGUUCCAUACCAGUAUAUGCCUCUACGGAGCCCGGACUCGAUUCGCAUCGUCGUCCUCGACCCGGCUGCGGAUACCCAGUCUCCUCUGCAAUGCUCCUUAGCUCAAUAUGACAAAGCGGAGCAGAUGAAGUAUUUCGGCACAGAAAAGGAUUUUGAGGCCGUCUCAUACACCUGGGGAGACGCACCACCGUCUUGUCAAUUGCUUAUUGAUGGUGCAUUCUCUUUCGACAUCAGCCCGACAGUCGAUUCACUCUUGAGAGCUCUACGGCAGCCGUCCACAACCAGAUCUCUUUGGAUAGAUGCGAUUUGCCUCAACCAGCAAGAUACUGGCGAGAAAGCGCAGCAACUUCCUCGCAUGGGUCGGAUCUACAAAGGAGCGAAAGAAGUCCACAUAUGGCUCGGUGACCCAGACGACAAGACAGCACCAAUCUUUUCUGCCAUACGCAUGAUGCAAACGAUCCCGGACACAAAACAAGUGAAAAUAAUGGCCGAAGCAACAUUGAAGAUAACUAAGAGCCAAAUUGGGGCCGAUCACAUCCUUCAACUCAAGCGUUUCCUUUCCAGGCCUUGGUUCUCGCGCCGUUGGAUUAUACAGGAGGCAUGCCUAGCCAAAGAGGCCAAAGUCCACUGCGGAACAUCCUCUUUAGGUUUGCCUUGGUUUGUCGCCGCUGCUCGCCAGUUGGAAUGUGUCGAAGAGCUAUACGGGUUCCAGUACCACUACCAGAUCCUGAUGAUGAAGAGUCUGAGCGAAGAGCGGAAGUCGAUCCUCCAGCUGCUCUGGAACUUCCACGCUGCCAAGUGUAGGGAGCCAGAAGAUAGAAUUGCUGCGUUGUUCGGUUUGAUACCAGACCAUGAGCAAAUCAUGGACCAGCAAAGCUAUCUCGAUCUUCGACAACACUGGACAGUUCUGUACCGAAGGCUCGCACUGGCGAUGUUCCGGCGCGGCCAGAAGACUGCUUUGCAGAUGCUCCUUCACUUGGCUGAGUUCGGGCCGCUCAAUGAAUCUGACGACUAUUACCCGUCGUGGGUGCCGAAUUGGACCAGAGAACGGCGUAGGAAUCUUCCAUUCUACAACAUGAGCAGCAAUGUCGAUGCCUUUGACUAUCCCGAGAAGCCUGGCUUUCCAGAGGUUGCUGUUGUCAUGGACUUGGAGCGCGCCUCCACAUUCGCCUUGCCACCUGUUAACCCCGUCGGAGACGAAUGGGUUAUGCAAGAGAUCCCCGGGGCAACACCAAAUUGGACAGACGACCGUACCACGCGGUUUUUGUUUAAACAGGACCGAAUAUUCAUUCGCUGGUACGAUUCCUCGGGUGGCCCCAGUGGCCCCACGGUCAAUUAUUUCAUGUUCGCGGAUGCACCCGACGAAUACCCUGAGUCUUUCUCUCCGUUGCAUAGUCUCGCCAAACUCUGGCACAAGUUCUUCCCACCCAGCUUCCCAUAUGCAGAGGGCGACUCGGACAAGAUUGAGACCAUUGCUAUGCUAUUCCAUACCAUUUUACGCUUUCGCAACCCCACCAAGAUACCGCCUGAGGAGAGAUUCAUCCAAAAUACCCUCAAAAAUCUGGGCGAGCUACAACGACACAAACUCUCCUUGGACCAGGCCAAGCUCAUAGACCAAAUUUACACAAUGAUGGAAGAAAAUGUCUUCUUCAGUCUAGAGCCGCGGGAUCUCCCGGAAGACCUCAGCUCUUCAUUCAGGUCUCGAGGUGAAUACGGCUUUGGUCCUCGUACGCUCUUCCCUGGGGAUAUCCUGAUUCCGGUGUGGCGUCUGAAGGAGGAUCCCGCGAGGCGUUCGUGCAUCAUGCGACACGACGAGACGGGACGACACAUGGCCACUAUGUUGGUGUUGAGGAUCGAGCGCGGACCUGAAGACACACAAUAUUCCCCUAUACCUUUUUGUGCUCCGAUUGACCCAGCUACUGGAGUCCCCAGGGAACCACCGCAUAUAAAGCGGAUGAGGUAUCCGAAACGGAAUAAGCCUUACCCUGUUGCAGGACCCAAACAGUCAGCUCCAGAGAACGCGGCUGCAACUGAUCAGCACAGGGUGGUCGGAAAGCCGGUCAGAAGAGGUCGUGUCAUUGGCAUGGCGGUAUGUGUUACGUCUGAUGGGACGAAGCGAUACGCUGAGCACGACAUCCGUCUCGAAGGGGAAAUGCAUAAAGAUUUGGAUGUAGAUCAGCCAUGCCUCAUUGAGUUGUACUAG